AUAGUCGCGAACGCACCACCGGAUAAUAGGCGUGUCUUUUCAGAAAACAUGUCGGUUUAGAUUUUGUCAAAAGUUUGUAGUACGUUUUUAACGUUUAGCUGUUAGCUGUUAGAAAAAUAUGAGGUGUCGGGGUAACGGUGGCUUGGUUAAACCGUUUGAGGGUGGUUCAGGCUUUAUGUUUGUAGUUUUAGUUCUUUUUGUCGGCACAAACGUUCCGCCGGCUGGAAGCUCUGCUGGAAUCAGCGGUGAGAAAUGUAUGGUUUGGGGUCCAGGUCUGAACCCGGACGUGGUUCUACCGGUCCGUUACUUCUACAUUCAGGCGGUGACUUCAAAGGGACGAAACCUGACCAAGUCUCCAGGUCAAAAUACAUUUAAAGUGAAAAUAAGCUCGCUAGACAAGAAGGAGCACGUCCGUAUCCACGUCCCUCCACCUCUGGACAGAGGGGACGGAUCUUUUGUUGUGCGGUACCGACUCUACAGCACAGUGCUGAGUGGACUGAAAGUGGACGUUCUCCAUCAAGAUGCUGCUGUAGCUGAAUCACCAUACACCCUCAAAGGUCCAGUCUAUCAUGAGUAUUGUGACUGUCCUGAACCAGAUGAGUCUGAGUGGCAGAGCAUCAUGCAGUGUCCUGCUGAAGAGCCUCAGAUUCUGGAGGACUUCUCAUCUUUCCCCACAGUCGACCUGCAGCUUCUCAGACAGGAAGUGCCUCGCAGAUUUGCCAACAGAGGAGGACUUAUUCAUUACGUCAUCAUCAACAACCAGGUGUACAGGAGCACGCUGGGAAGAUACACAGACUUCAAGAUGUUCUCCGAUGAAGUAUUGCUGUCUCUAACAAGGAAGGUGAAGCUGCCUGAUGUGGAGUUCUUUAUCAAUGUCGGUGACUGGCCUGUAGAGUCCAAAAGCAGGGACGCCAGACCUGGACCCGUUCCAGUAUUGUCCUGGUGUGGCUCUGCAGACACGCGAGACAUUGUCCUCCCAACCUACGAGGUGACACACUCCACCCUGGAGGCCAUGAGAGGGGUCACCAAUGACCUGCUGUCUGUUCAAGGCAAUACAGGGCCUCCAUGGUCCAACAAAACAGAACAGGCGUUCUUCCGCGGCCGGGACAGUCGAGAGGAACGUCUGCACCUGGUGUCUCUGUCCAAGAAACACCCGGAGCUUCUGGAUGCAGGUAUCACGGGAUGGUUUUUCUUCAGAGACCAGGAGAAACAUGUCGGGAAAGCAGCGCUGGUCGGCUUCUUUGAUUUCUUCAAGUACAAGUACCAAGUAAAUGUGGACGGAACGGUGGCGGCGUAUCGCUUCCCUUACCUGAUGCUCGGGAACAGUCUGGUUCUGAAGCAGGACUCGCCCUAUUAUGAGUUUUUCUACAGUCGUCUGAAAGCCGGCAUCCACUACGUUCCCAUGAGGAGAAACCUGUCGGACCUGAUGGAGAAAAUCAAAUGGGCCAAAGAGAACGAUGCCAAAGCUCAGAAAAUCGCGAAAGCGGGCCAAGAGAGAGCACGAGAGCUGCUGGAGCCCAGCAGGUUGUACUGUUACUACCACAGAGUCCUGCAGACGUACGCCGAGCACCAGGUAGGAAAACCAGAAUGCCGCUCCGACAUGGAGCUGGUGCCUCAGCCCAGCGACCACACCGCGGCGUGCGAGUGUGAGCGCAGACGCGACGAGGCCAAAAGCACAGUGAAGGAUGAGCUAUGAUGGAUGGUUUAGUCUUUCUAUCCUCUUGACUUUCUGAGAACGUGAUACUUGAAACGGGAAUUUCAGUCAUUUUUAAAACAAUGGAUGUUUCAGGAAGGAUUUAAAAUAAUAAUAAUACAAAAAAAAAAAACAUCAAUUUUGAAAUGAGCCUGUUUGUAGUUAUUCUGAAAAUCAAGAUUGUAUUUUUUUAAAACUGUUUUGUGCCAUUUUUAUACAUUUAUACAGUGUUGUUGCUCAUUAUUACUGUUGUGUAGUAGAUGUUUAGUACUGCAAAGGCAAUCGGACAAUUUAACUAGUAAGGAAUUUUUUUUUUUUUUUUACCCCAACCAAGCAACCUUUUUUUUUUUUUUUUUUUUUGUAAUUUUUACAUUUACAGAAAAGGAAAACAAGCAUGAAGAAAACAUAAAAAUAAGAAAAUUAAAUAUACAAAGUUACACAAUCACAGAAACAGCAGACCUCCUCCAUAUUUAAGUACAAAGGUGUGUUUAUGUGUGUGUGUUUAAAUGGUAAAUG